AUAUAUACAUAUUUGAUAAGCUUUAAUACAAACCAUGCAGGAUUUAAAUAAAAUUAAGUUCAUUUAAUGAAUACCACUAGCGCAAUGACUGUAAUAAGAAUUUCCCAGUAUAUUCCAAAAUUGCCCUUCAAAAUAUGAAACAUUUCUCUUUCUUCUUCUUCUUUUCUUCAACUUGUCCGGUUUUGACAUUUAACAUUUAAAUCGAAACCGUUAGCUACCGACGGGCAUUUUAAUUUUGCACCGCAGUUGCUAAUUUUAGUUAUAAUUAUUUAGAAAUACCCUUUUGGAAAAUAAAACAAGAAUAUGGGUGCGCGAAGAAAUGCAAAGAAACGCUCCUUGGGCACAUUACGCAAUUUCGGACCAAAAUUCAAUCGAAGACUCAAUCAAGGUUUAUUAAAUUUCCACUCUUGGCAUGCUCAAGUGUUCAUAGAAAUUUUGGGCACAAUGUUAACGGAGCCAGAAUUUGUUGAGUUGGUAUUCGAGCCGCUUACAGGAACUUAUGCUCGCUUCAUACGAAAUGCACGCCGUAACAUUUGGUCUGCGGCAUUCAGUAACCGGCUUGUCGUGCGCGUCAAAUAUCGACGUCAUGCACAGCGGCUGAUUGAAUUAUUGGGCGCGAUACUGUCAAGAGAUCAAUUUAUCCCUAUGGUUUUACAGCCAAUCAUUUUGACAUACAUUGAAAUUUAUACCAAACAGUUUUUGGGCUAUCCAAUAAAUGACAGCUGUGAAGGAUACGAUGAUGAUGAGUGGAGCAGUGAUGGUACUUUCAUAGAUAGUGUUUGGAAUUGUAGUGCGGAGGCCUACGCUUCAACACCAUAUCAAAAACUACAAUUUGAUGAAAGUCUAAAUAAUACAUGGGCUGUGAAUUCGAUGACGGCGCUUAUACCCUUCGAAGCAAAGGAUUUUUAAAUCGUUGGUCAAUCAUAAAUUUAGGUGGCAACAAAUGAUUAUUUUAUUUUUAAUAUCUGAAUUAAAAUUUUUUGUUUUAAGUAA